CUCUUCAUCCGUUUCUUCUCUUUAGCAAGCAAAGAUAAAAAAGAAUACCAUUUUUCUUGUUGUUUAUUAGGAAAAAGUUUGCUUUCCUUUUUUUGGUCUACGGGGGCUUACUGCUUCAGCUCUCUCUCAUAAAGCCGUCCCUGAGAUCUACUUGUACGCCACUAUAAUAUGAUUUGAGAGAUUAUUGGAAGUUGAAAUCUGAGGAGAGAGAGAGAAGAGAAGAGGGGGGACAGAGUGGAGCUUACAGAGACGAAGGUAAAACGAAACGGCUCAUCAUCUUCUAAUCUCUCAAACCCUACUCAUUCAAGUUUAUCCACCAUUUUCUUCUUCCGUCACUGUUGUAGUACGGAUUGUAUUAUGAUUUCCCUGGUGGGUCAUUGGUUUAAUUCGAGAAAGUUUGGCAAUUUGACCUUUGGAAAGUCGCACAAAUAGAGGAGGAGCUCUUCUCUUUCUGCUUUUUUCUUCUUCUUCUUCUUGUGAUGGAUUGCUUCUGAUAAAUGAUAAAUCCCAGCUAUGGCUGUCUUGUCUAAUUCCUUGUGGUUUAUGGUGCACCAGGAAUAGAUGUUAAAGGGUUGAAAAUUUCCUCCUUAUCAGUGCCAGAAUUUCUCUCAAGUUGGAUUGCAACUUUUUGUCAUGAUCUGGAGAUGAGCAGAAGAUUUCAUUCAACAUCUUGCUGUGGGAGCAUUCAAGUUAUUCUAAAUAAAACCUUUCGCCUUGUGUCGGAUGAUCACAGCUAGUGAAAAGAGUUGCUUGAUGACAUCAUCCUACAAAUAUCAGAUGAGGCGAUCUCAUCAGGGUUAUUUUUGGCCUAAUUCAGCUGCAAACAUGCUAUUGCCUCCUGUAUAUGUGUGUAUAUCAAGUAUUUGAAGACAGUGAAGUAGUGCUUGGGGUGCACUCUGUAAAGUGCGUUCACCUGGUUAAGUCACAGAAGAUUGUUUUUUGAAUGAUUAGAUCGCAAGUGGAGCUUUUCCUUUGACGUGCUAGCGUAAUACUAUAGCCGUGAGUUGCAUUAGUGGCAGAGCUGUUCAAUAUAAUGGAAAGACAGUCGGGGAGUGCUAACCACCUACCAGCUGUUCUUCGGCGGUUACUUCCUGCUGUUGGACCUGGGCUUUUAAUUUCAGUAGCAUAUGUUGACCCUGGGAAGUGGGCAGCCACCGUGGAAGGGGGUUCCCGUUUUGGAGUUGAUCUACUCCUGCCAAUGUUCAUUUUUAAUUUGGCAGGAAUAUUGUGCCAGUAUCUAUCAGCUAAAGUGGGUAUUAUUACUGGUAGAGAUCUUGCCCAGAUUUGCAGUGAGGAGUAUAACAAAUUCACAUGCAUGUUCCUAGGAGUUCAAACAGCAAUUUCAGUGGCGGCAUUGGACCUCAGCAUGAUACUUGGCAUUGCUCAUGGGCUUAAUCUUCUUCUUGGGGUGGACUUGCCAACAUGUAUCUUCUUAACUGCUGUUGAUGCUGUGUUGUUUCCAUUUUUUGCUGCCAUUCUGGAGAAAUACAAGGGAUAUUUCCCAUCCAUAUUUGUGGCAGGGUUUGUGUUGCUCUUCUAUUUUCUUGGGGUCCUCAUUAGUCAACCAGAGGUUUCUCUUUCAAUGAAUGGGAUGCCGAUGAAGUUAAGUGAGGAAAGUGCAUUCGCUCUGAUGAGUCUUCUUGGAGCAAGCAUUAUGCCUCACAACUUCUAUAUGCAUUCUUCCAUCGUUCUGCAUCAUCAGAAAUCUCCAAAUGUUUCCAAAAGUGCCUCAUGCUAUGACAAUUUUUUCGCAAUCUUAUGCAUCUUCAGUGGCAUUUUUCUGGUGAACUAUGUGCUUAUGAAUUCAGCUGCGAACGUGUUCCACAGUACUGGCCUUGUUUUGGUUACCUUUCCGGAUGCAAUGUCACUCAUGGAACAGGUGUUUCGCAAUCCAGUGGCACCUCUGUUCUUUGUAGUAAUUUUAUACCUUUCAAAUCAAAUCUCAGCAUUAACUUGGAACAUUGGUGGGCAAGUAGUUCUGAAUGAUUUCCUCAGCCUCGAUAUACCUAACUGGUUACAGCGAGCUACUACUAGAAUUCUUGCCAUUGUCCCGGCCCUUUAUUGUGUAUGGACUUCUGGAGUUGAAGGGGCAUACCAAUUGCUCAUAUUUUCUCAGGUUAUAGUAGCCCUGCUGCUACCAGCUUCUGUUAUACCACUAUUCCGAAUUGUUUCAUCAAGGGCAAUAAUGGGAGCACACAAAAUCUCUCAAUUUCUUGAGUUCUUGGCAAUUGUUGCAUUCAUGGGGAUGCUAGGAUUGAAGAUCAUAUUUGUGGUGGAAAUGAUUUUCGGGGAUAGUGACUGGAUUGGUAAUUUGAGAUGGAACAUGGGUAGCAGUUCUUCUCUUCCUUAUGUUGUACUUCUCGCAACUUCUUUUUCAUCAUUCUGUUUGAUGCUUUGGCUAGCAGCAACACCUUUGAAAUCUGCAACAACUCAGGUAGAGGCUGCUCAAGCAUUGAGCUGGGAUGCCAAGCAGACUGUGCAGGAGCCAUCGAUGCGUAUUAGAGAUGAAAAGUAUCUGGGUGGUAGUAGGUAUGGAGAAGGCCACGUUCAUAGACAGGAAGCUGCUGCACCAACCCCAGUGAAGUCCUUUGUGGGCUACUCAGACAGAAGUGUCUUAAAUCCUGAUCCCUAUCUGCCUGAAACUAUUAUGGAGUCUCAUGAGGAUUUUCAUUUGACACCUAUUGAAGAGAAUCAGCCUGAUAUGAAUUUUCCUUGCCCUCUGAAACUGAAUCAGGAAUCAGCACCUUCAACAGAAUUGACAUCAGUGUCCAAGGCAUCAGCUAAUGUAGUUGUUGCUGCUGAUCUUGAUUAUUUACAUGAGUCAAAGAUGAAGGUUGUUGAAUCACUUGAACCAGUUGAGAAGACUGUGAGUGUGGAAGGUGAUUUCCUCGGAGAAAAAGAGGAUGACGAGGGAGAUACCUGGGGGGAACCUGAAGAUUCAUCAUCCAAAGGUGUUCCUGGGAGCAUCUCAUCUUUGACCUCUGAUGGUCCAGCUUCUUUCAGAAGUCUCAGUGGAAAAUCUGAUGACGGUGGGAAUGGUGCUGGAAGUCUUUCGAGACUGGCAGGGUUGGGCAGAGCUGCUAGGCGUCAAUUAGCUACGGUUCUUGAUGAAUUCUGGGGGCAGUUGUAUGAUUUCCAUGGUCAAGCAACACAGGAUGCCAAGAAUAGAAGGAUUGAUCUGCUACUUGCUGCUGAUUCUUCAAAGAUUUCAUCAUUUUCCUUCCUGAAAGUCGACCCUCCCCUUGGAAAAGAAUACAGUAGUGGGUAUAAUCCAUCAGCAUUGGCCAGUGGUAGAGGAUCACCGGAUUCUUUCAUGAAUUCAAGUUUCUGUGAUUCUCCCAGGCAGCAGCAGCAGCUUAUGAUGCAGCAGAACACUCUUGAAUGUUCUUCAUAUGCUGGUGGGGCUCAAAGAGUAUCUUCCUCCUCAUUAUGGCCCAACCGCAGUCAGCUGCUGGAUUCAUAUGUACCAGCACCACCUAACUCAGGUGUGGUGGACCCUUCUGAAAGACGAUAUUCUAGUAUGCGGUCGCUACCACCGUCUUCUGAUGGCUGGGACAACCAGCCAGCUACCAUACAUGGUUAUCAGAUUGCUUCCAUUGCGAACCGGAUUGCCAAGGAGAGGAGUGCUAAUGGCUUGAAUGGUAGAAUGGAAUCUCUCUCUCCAAUUUCUUCAUCCAUGAGCAGCAUGCGGAACUACAGGGAUCCACAUGCAGCAAUUGCCUUGGGUCAGAGAUUACAGAAUGGAUUAAGCUCUCCACAACAGGCAACAGCAGGAUAUCAGAACCUUGCCUCAUCCAGAAACAACUCGUUACAGUCUGAAAGACAAUACUAUGAUGUUGUUGGCUCUCCUGUUUCUGUUGUUGACAAUGCAGGAGGACCAACGGGUACUAGUACAAAGAAGUACCACAGUUUGCCCGACAUUUCAGGAAUUGCUGCCCCUUACAGGGAGCUAUAUCUAUCCGGGAAGAGUAAUGCUCAGUGGGACAAGAAUUCUGCUGGUGGUUUUGGCUCCUCCUUAGGGGGGAGAACGAGUUAUGACCCUUCCUUUUAUGGAGAUGCUUUCUCCUUUCCCACCACCACUGCACCAAGUACAGGAGGAUCUCUUUGGUCAAAACAGCCGUUUGAGCAGUUUGGUGUGGGGGAUAAAAGCCGUGCAGUAGGUGUGGGUAGUGCCUUAGGAGGAGGAAGCAACAGGCCUAACUCAACUACCCAUCGUGAAGCUAGUAGCUCCAUAGUGGAUGCUGAAGCUCAACUUCUUCGGUCCUUCAGAUGCUGCAUUGUAAAGCUGCUGAAAUUAGAAGGCUCUGAUUGGUUGUUUAGGCAAAACGAUGGUGCUGACGAGGACUUGAUUGACCGUGUGGCAGCACGGGAGAGGUGUUUGUACGAAGCUGAAGCAAGAGAGAUGGGGCAGCAUGGGGUGGUCCACCACCUGGGCAUUGAGUCUCAAAGCAGUAGUGAUAAGAAGCAGCAAGGUGGUGGUUCUGGGCAGAAGAAUGACGAGGCCAAUAGCAUCGCCAACAUCUUGGUUUCCUCAGUUCCUCACUGUGGAGAAGGCUGUGUGUGGAAGGUUGAUUUGAUCGUGAGCUUUGGGGUUUGGUGCAUUCACCGGGUUCUUGAUCUAUCGCUCAUGGAAAGCCGGCCUGAGCUUUGGGGGAAAUACACUUAUGUGCUCAAUCGCCUUCAGGGGGUUGUGGAGCCAGCAUUCAUGAGACCGCGAACUCCCAUGCAGCCAUGCUUCUGCCUGCAACUCUCAGCAGCGCACCAGCAGAGACUGUCGUCGCCUCAACCAAAUGGGAUGCUGCCUCCUACGGCGAAACCAGGUAGAGGUGGGAAAUGCACGACAGCAGCCAUGGUGUUGGACUUGAUCAAGGAUGUGGAGAUCGCCAUUUCAUGCAGGAAGGGUCGAUCAGGGACAGCUGCAGGGGAUGUGGCUUUCCCCAAGGGUAAAGAGAACCUGGCAUCCGUCCUGAAACGGUACAAGCGGCGGCUGUCCAACAAGCCCGUCGGGAAGUGAAAGAGCAAGUAAGAUGGAUGAUGCAAUAUGUUAAAAUUUGGUGGUGGGGUUAGUUAACUGAAGAGAUGCUGAUUAAGCGAAGAAUGUGAAUCGAGGGGGGCAUUUUCUGUUACUGGUUUUCUCUCUGAUCUCUCACUUGUAACAAAAGGGGGGAGAAAAUAUGUUAAAGAGCAGGGAAACGUUGGGUGGGUGCUUGCCCCCUUUAUGUUGCAUAUACAUAGGAUUUUUACCAACAGACGACAGCUUAACGCUACUUGUUCUACUUCUACAUCUACUUCUGCUUGGGGAUGGAUAAUGAAUGUAAAAUAGCAGGCAGCGGCAGGAAAACAAAGUUAUGAAAAGAUCUGGGUGCAAGCCAAACAAAUCAUUUCCCAGUUUCUGUUGCUUUUGGCGAUUUCCCAAUAUCUUAAUAGGAGUAGUAGUUUGGUGAAGCUGCGAAACAUACCCAUUUAUCUG